UUCUUGAACAAUCAUAAGUCUACUGAUCUUCGUGGUCGACUAGCUCGAUGGACCUUGGGCUUACAGCAACACGAUUUUGACAUCGUCUACCGUCCUGAUCUGUCCUCUGCUCAAACUGAGGAUCCAUUUUGCCAAGAAAUUCGUCAAGAAUCCCCUCUUCCUAAUGGUUUUUCUGAUGAGUCUGGUAUCUUAUUCUUUGGUCCACAUCCAGUUUUACCUCUUUCACUUCGUGAUGUUACGUUUGACCUUCUACAUGCCAACCCUACCGCCGGCCAUAUGGGGAUAGGCCGA